AUGUUAUUGGACGACGAGAUCGUAUUCUUAGGCACAAGACACCCUCAGACCCCACCUCAAGUCCAGCGCCCAGUUACGGGUGUUGUCUUGCACGUUGAGAAAUGCGGCUUGAUCGAUGGGCACUCCUUGACCUUCCGGAGAGCCAACUCGUCCAUAGUGCACAUCGGUCGCCGGUCGGGAUUCGAGCCCGACAGGCGGCCACAGGAUACCGACAACGCCAUGUUUCGAUGUGCGGUGGUCAGUCGGAAACAUGCCAGGAUCACUUUCUCAGAUAGUGGUCAUGUCUACAUCAUCGAUGAAAGAUCACACCACGGGACUCACAUUCGAAAGUCAGGGGAGCUUUUCUCGACCAUGCUGAAGUCAGAGACAUCGACCCUUCUGAACGAUGGUGAUAUCAUUACCUUCGGGAAGGCUGUUGGCAAGGGCGACGAAUGUGUGGGCCCAGUAGUCGUGCGAGUCGAGCUCCUUUAUUCCGGCAACACUCAGUCGACAUCUACCUUCAGGCCUCUCGUGGUGCCAUCCACCGCCUCUCCUACCUCCGACAAAUCCAUGUCCAAGCCGCAUUCUGGUCGAUACGGCCUGGAUUCGUCGCCCUCAUCCUCUGAUGAGUCAUAUCAAUCCGGCGCUUAUUCUGACAUCGAGGAGAUCCCGCCGCCGCCCUCAAAUGUCAAACCUACUGAAUCCCAGAACACCCCCAGCAGCAACUUGGCGACCAUCGGCCAAGCCUUUAAUACCUUCAGCCUCUUCAAGCGCCUUUUGCCCCCAGCACAUGAACCCACGACCCCGAGGAGGCUGCCGUCCGUGACCGAGAUCGUCGAACGACCUCUGGCGCAGAUGACUUCCUUCUUCAGCUCCUUUGGCCCCGACUCGGUACCGACAUCUCCUAGACGCAAUUCGCCAGGUUUCGCUUCGUCGAUGCUCUCUUUGGCGGAUGUACCACCGUCCAAUUUCCCAGACUUCCUCCCUGUUGGAUUUGAUGCGUCCCAGCACGACAUUUAUGAAGUCUCUGAUGGAUCCGGCGAUAAGUCAAGGUCGAAUUCCCCUAUGGACCUAGCCAGCCCGUCUCCACCCCCUGAGAUCAUCGUUCCUUCCUCGAUUCCUCCUCUGAUCGAGUUUCCGCCUUUGUCACCCGUCCUUUGUGUUCGUCACUCGCCCAAGGUCUCGAAUGGAAACCUGUCAGAGGAUGGUGAAGCCCGCGCCGAAGUCGUCGUCCCUGAAACCCCUUUGCCUCAAGAGCAACCUGCUCCGCCCUCACCUACAAGCAUCCAUCACGAAGCCGCAGACCCCGUCCCUGUUGUCACGCAAUCUCAGAUGAGGACCGUGGAGCAGACGCUGAAGAGGAUACAGGACGACCUCGCGAGGCUCCAUAACCAUCGUCGAAAGCACAGAUCGCGCAUCAAUUCGACUCUGCAGCUCAUAACCGAUCGGUUCAACCAAUUCGAUGACAGGCUCGCGGAGGUCAAUGCGGAGUACACAUCCCUAUUUGAUCAGGUGGACACAAUCCAGCAUGUGGACAUCCCGGACCUGCAGGGCGAAUUGGAGGCGAUCCAGGAGAGGGUGGACGACAUACCAUCGCGACUCACGACUCCAGAGCCAAUGGAGAAGAGUCCAGCACCAGCACCGGUGUUGACUGAGAGGGAGGACGUCAAGGCGAGCGUGCAGGCCCUUCAUUCUCUUGUUGAUGAGAUUAAGCUCCUCCGCAAAACCACGCAGCAGCAGGCGACAGAAGAACUCGAGGCGAUCAAGGUUCUGCGUGAGGCAGCCAUGUCUGAUAUCGCCACGGCGCAGGCCGAGGUGAAGGCUCUCGCCCUCCAGGCUAAGCAAGCCCAACAAGCUGCUGCUGCUGCAAUGCAGGCAACGAAGACCCCCGUUCUGACGUCGUUGAAGCGGAAGCGCGAUGAUACGGACGAGAACGAGGAAGGCAGUGGUGCGAGUGAGAAGUGUGUGAGCGCUGUUGAGAAAGAGAGUGAGAAUAGCGUCGUCGCGGCUGGCCUCAAAGGGGAAGAUGUGGAGAUGGAUGAAGGUGCUGCUGCCCCCAUUCCUACCGCCGCCUUCGUUCCUAUGGAUGUGGACCUCGUCAAGACUCGUGUUGUCGUCGUCGAUGGCCCCCGACCUAGGAAGCGCGCAAGGCGCUUCGCCUCGAUCGUCGCGCACACGGCUACAGCGGUCACGAUUGGCGCGGUCGUCACCUGGUCUGCUCUCGCAUUCAGCUGA